AUGCUCGGAGCACUUUGUGUCAGCUUCGACAUCAAGUCCUUCUUACAAUCUCAAGUGAUGGUUUUUGCCAUUGAGGAGAUAAACCGGCGCCAACUGAUCCCUGGCCUGAGAUUGGGAUACGACAUCUACGACACCUGUGCAGACGUGAGCUUUGCCCUCAGAGACACCCUGCAGCUGCUCAGCUCUCACCAGUCCGAGCCUUUCAGGUGCUCUGUGCUGGAAAACACAUCCCUCAACACUUCUAUCAAAGUCCUCAUCGGAGAAGCAUCAUCCGAGGUUUCUACGACUGUGGCCAGACUGACCGCGCUGGCUUCGCUUCCUCAGCUGUUACGAGAAAUGAAAAACAUUAACCUCACGGUGCAGAAAUCGAGAAUUUUCUUUGACCAAAACGGAGACCCAAGUCUGGAAUACGACAUCGUGUUCUGGAACAGCUCUAAGAUCCAGACUGUGGGAAAGUACUGGCCCAACGGAGACAUCCAGAAAUGGUGUUCUCCGGGACACGAGCUGAAGCUUGAAGGAAAAUGCUGUAAAAAGUGUCACAGCUGCAGGAACGGAUCUGUGUCGCCUCAAGAUGGAGUCGCAGUCACAAUAUCCAGCUUCAGCAUCUUCUGUGGACACUUGGCCCCGAAGUGUUACAUCAUCCUCUUCAAGAAAGAGCUCAAUAAUGAAAGUGCCAUCGCAGCUUACAUCAAGAAGCAUUACGAGCAGAAGGGUCUCCCUGUAGUGACCACUUAA